AGCCGAAGCUUACAAUAUAAGUGAAAGGCAAGCUCUCCAACACUCCCUGAUCAGUUUAGAGACUCUGCACAUUCUUGAUCUUUUACAGCCAGAAGGCAGAGAACCAACCGCAACUACAAAUCUUGGGGGAAAAAGCAUCAUGAGUACCGCAGGCAAAGUCAUAAAAUGCAAAGCAGCUAUUGCUUGGGAGCGGAAGAAACCUCUGAGCAUUGAGGAGAUUGAAGUAGCACCUCCAAAAGCACAUGAAGUCCGCAUUAAGAUUUUGGCCACAGGGAUCUGCCGCUCUGAUGAACACGUGAUCAGUGGCGCUUUUGCGAUGCCUUUGCCAAUAGUGCUGGGCCAUGAAGCCGCUGGAGUUGUGGAGAGUGUUGGAGAAGGAGUAACUUGUGUGAAACCGGGAGAUAAAGUAAUUCCACUUUUUGUUCCACAAUGUGGAAAAUGCAGAGCUUGCCAGAGUUCCAAAGGCAACUUGUGUACUUCAAAUGACUUUAAUUCAGGCACUGGCUUAAUGCCUGAUGGCACCAGCCGGUUCACAUGCAAAGGAAAGAGCCUCCACCAUUUCAUUAGCACCAGCACCUUCACUGAAUACACUGUGGUGCAUGAGAAUGCAGUGGUCAAAAUUGAUCCUUCAGCCCCUCUGGAAAAAGUUUGUCUGAUUGGCUGUGGAUUUUCAACCGGUUAUGGGGCAGCCAUACAGACAGCUAAGGUAGAGCCUGGUUCUAUCUGUGCUGUCUUCGGCUUGGGUGGAGUUGGUCUCUCAGUGGUCAUGGGCUGUAAAGCAGCUGGAGCUUCCCGAAUCAUUGGAGUUGACAUCAACAAGGAUAAAUUUGCUAAGGCUAAAGAAAUGGGAGCCACGGAAUGCAUCAACCCUCUGGAUUUCAAGAAGCCCAUCCAUGAAGUGCUCUUUGAUUUGACUGGGGGUGAAGGAGUAGACUAUUCUUUUGAAGUGAUUGGACGCACUGAAACCAUGAUAUCUGCCUUCGCUUCCUGCCAUCAGAAUUUGGGAACCAGCGUCGUUGUGGGGGUGCCCCCCAAUGCAUCUAAGAUCACUUAUGAUCCAGUGAUGCUUUUCACUGGCCGCACCUGGAAAGGAUGCGUCUUUGGAGGGUGGAAGAGCAAAGAUUCUGUCCCCAAGUUGGUUUCAGAUUUCAUGCAGAAGAAAUUUGUUUUGGAUCCUUUGAUCACUCAUACAUUACCUUUUGAGAAAAUCAAUGAAGGGCUGGACCUGCUCCAGAAAGGAAAAAGCAUCCGGACAGUCUUAAUAUUUUAAGUUGCUGAGGUGAAGAAAACCAAUUACAGAAUACUUUCUUAAAUUGCUGAUUUACCCUAUCUGCAGUUUUCACAGUAACAACAUGUGA